AGUGCAUACAAACAAAGAUAAUAAGAAAGGCACUGCACAUGAGGCUAGGGAAUGGGGAAGGCACGGCGCACAAGGCAGGGAAUUCAGCGGGAAAGGCGCUGCAGGAAAAGGCAAAACCAAGUGUUAAGAGAAGGGAUUGCACAAGAGAGCAAGGCGAGGGAAUGGGGGAAAGGCGCUGCAAGACGGUAUGUCGUAAACAAGACAAUUCAGUAUGAUGUAAAUAAGACAAAGCCGCAUGCUGUAAGGAAGAUAAAACCGUAUGGAGCAAAGAAGGCCGGCUAUUUCAGGCACGGCGAGAUGAUGCAAAAAUGACGCAAUAAAAUGUAAAGAAGGCGGAGCGCGGCCUAAUAGUGCACGGCAGUGAGUGCGAAGCAAGGAAGCAGAAGGUGGAAGAUGAAAGGACGAGGAAGAGAGGAGAGAAAGGAAGAGGAAGAGAGGCGAGAACAAAAGUAAGGAAGAGAGGCGAGAACAAGAGCAAGUGAGGAAGAGAGAUGAGAACAAAAGAGGAAGAGAGCAGAGAGCGAGGGGACAGAGAGUCUUGAGGAGACUGCUGUUUCUGGUUCUGGAAAUAUUCUUUCUUUUGAUAUUGGCCACAAUGUGAUGAGACUACUGACGUAACGACAAUAAUAACGACACGGACAUCGACUACAAAAUUAAUUUCAGCAACAACAACGACGACGACGACAACAACAACAAACAACAACAACAACAACAACAACAACAACAACCACAACAACAACAACAACAACAACAACAACAACAGUAGCAGCAGCAGCAAAAACAGCAACAACAACACAAUAUUAGUAACAAUAACACUGAAUUGAAACGUUAGACAGACUGCGCGUUGCUUUGGUUGCGGGGACGACACACAGCACGGCAGUAGCUGUAGUAGUGAGUAAUAGCAUGAGUCACCCACGUGGGCCAGGUGGGGUGCGGCGUGGCGGGGGAGGGAGGGUGUGUGGGGGCGUGAGCCGCUGUGGUCCACCAUUGAUCUACCUCAUGGCCUCCCCUCCCCGCCGCUCCAGAACGCUAUCGCAGCCACUCACGUCAUCACUGCUAUCAGGUGAACACUCACCAGGUGAACGCGAUCAGUUCGUAGUGAGACUCGUGUGGACGCCGCCCCGCGCUCGGGAGAAGGCGGGAGGAUCUCGAGGAAUAUACAGAUUUAGUGAACAAAGCAAGCUAUGAUAUAGUGCAAUCUAGUCCUGUGCUCCUUCCGACGUCAUGAAGAAAGGCAAGGACAGCCUCGCGGGCGGCGGCGCCAGCGACGGCGUUACCCUGCGGCGGCCGCUGGGGACUGCUACGCCCGCACCCACCACGCCCUCGCCCUACAGCUUCAUGCGGCGCAGCUGCACCUUCGUCGCCGAGAGCAGCCUCGGUCUGCGGAAAUCUGCCCUGCGAACAUCCCUGACGAACCAUGGCAGCAGCGCCCGCACGCCCGCUCCUGCUGUCAACAAAGUGGUUAAGGACAGGAAGAACCUAGCCAUGCAGGUGCGGCAGAAGAAGGAGCUCCUGGAGGAGAGUGCCAACGGUCACACUGAGAGCGACAACGUGACCGGAAGGGGCGGGGGCGGCAGUGGGCGCGUUUCCAGGCUCGUGGGCGGGCUGCGGGCGUGGAGCAGCACCGAGGACGUGCGCCAGAGCGUCAUGGGGGCCAUCGGCCGCACUGUAUCUGUUUCACGGCGCGUCAAGCAGGCCUUCUCGCGCCCUGACAACUCCAAGCCCGACACCGCCAAAGCCCAGUCAACCAAAGCCAACCAAGCCAAAGCCAACGCCGAUACAACCAAAGCCAAGUCCUCGAACGUCAAUGGCACCAAAGCCCAAAGGCCAGUCAACCAAACCCGCAGACACUGCAUUUAUAAGGAAGAAACAGGCGGAGAAGGCCAAGCCUUCGAAGCCGCUGCCUGGAAAGUUGCAGGUAGAGAAGCCGGAAGCGGGGCGCCCCAAGUCGUCGCCCUCGGCGAGUUCGGCGGCAGGAACCGCCGCCACUAA